CUGAAUUCUGAGAUAAUCAUCUACAGUAAAUUACUGCUUUACUUUUUUAGCCUCCUUUUGAAGCAUGAUGCUAUGGAAUAUAGUAAAGGAAAUACCACUCAUACCUAAUUUUUAAAAUUAACUAACAGAAUGCCUACAUAAGUGGACUACCCAUUACCAAAAUCCAAAUUCAGAAAUGCCAGCCUUAUGCCCUGUGUGAAUAAACCUAUGAAAAAAACCAAGAUAGACAAAAAUUUAGCAAGACAAGAAUCAGCAGCAGAUUUUUAAAAAAACCAGUUUUUUUUUUAAUUUUUAAAAAAAUUAUCUUGUUCAUUUAUGAAAGAUUUGUCAAAUCACUUAUUGUUUUUUCUUAUCCGUUCUGAUCACACAUCUUUAUUAUUCUGAUCAAACAGUCACUCUCAAAUCUAAAUGGGUUGUUCGUACAGCUAAGCCCUGAGGAGACACAGGCUAGGUUCAUGGUAUUGUCAUAACACACGUUUGCUGCUUUAUUGUCUUCAGAGACAUUUGUUGUGCUGCUGGUUGGUAUAUUGUAUCUGGCAUUGGAGUCGUGGCCUCGUGGUUUGGACCAUAAUCUUGAUUUAAUGAAUUUAUCAUUUUCGAGUUCUUUUGAUGACAUAUAUAUAGGUUUGGAAUUGUCUGUGAUUUAGUACAGAGUCGAGAGUAUUUAGUUUGUAGCUUGGCUACUUAUUUCAUAUACAUUCAACUAGUUGUCUUUGAUUAAAAAGAUAGCUAUGGUUAAGCCAUGUUGGAAACUAUCCCUCGAGGGUUGUGGACGUGGAGGUGCUGGAGAUGCCAGUGGCCGGACUGAUGGAUUAAUGUGGCAUAAGGAUUUAGGACUCCAUGUUAACGGAGAGUUUUCAAUGGCAGUAAUUCAAGCUAAUAAUUUGCUUGAGGAUCAUAGCCAACUUGAAUCUGGACCCCUUAGUGCAGUACAGUCAGGUCCUUUGGGAACAUUCAUUGGGGUCUAUGAUGGACAUGGAGGGCCAGAAGCAGCCCGGUUUGUCAAUGACAAUCUGUUUCCGAAUCUGAAGAAAUUUGCUUCUGAGCAUCAGGAGGUAUCUGCAAAUGUUAUUAGAAAGGCCUAUUUAUCCACAGAAGAGGCAUUCCUAUCACUUGUAAGGGAGCAAUGGCGUAGUAAACCACAGAUUGCUUCGGUUGGGACAUGCUGUUUGGCUGGUAUCAUAUGCAAUGGGCACUUAUAUGUGGCCAAUGCUGGUGACUCUCGUGUGGUAUUAGGUAGAGCUGAGAGGGCAGUCAGAGGUGUGACAGCAGUACAGUUAUCAACAGAGCACAAUGCGAACAUGCAGUCUGUCAGAGAUGAGCUGAGGUCAAUGCAUCCAGAUGAUUCACAAAUUGUGGUUUUGAAACAUAAAGUUUGGCGUGUGAAGGGUAUAAUACAGAUUUCAAGAUCCAUUGGAGACGCCUUUCUCAAGAAGUCAGAAUUCAACCGCGAGCCUCUAUCAGCCAAGUUUAGACUACCUGUGCCUUUUAAAAAGCCAAUUCUUAGUGCAGAGCCAUCAAUAUUAAUCCACAAACUAAGCUCCAAGGAUCAGUUUCUCAUAUUUGCCUCAGAUGGUUUGUGGGAGCAUCUUAGUAACCAGGAGGCUGUUAAUAUUGUCUACAAUCACCCCCGAAAUGGAAUUGCUAGGAGACUUGUCAAAGCUGCACUUCAAAUAGCUGCAAAGAAAAGAGAAAUGAGAUACUCUGACCUGAAGAAGAUCGAUAGAGGAGUGAGGAGACAUUUCCAUGAUGACAUUACCGUCAUUGUUGUAUUUCUGGAUCCUCUUAUGAUGAGUAAAAUCCCGUCUCGUGGUACUACAUGUUCUAUCAAAGUGGGUGCUGGAGCUACCGGUCCUACUCAGUCGUAGUCAGCAGUAAUCUUUAGAUUUCAAUCUUCACCUGCAGUAUGAAUGAAUACAAAGGAAGAAGAGGAAAAAGAAUCAGAAGAGCGCCAGUACUGAUUCAUUUCAGUGUACGAGGGUUCAGAAUGAUCAACAGAUGUAGUGGCAGGUGAUUUCAUGCAGCCCUCAAAAUGUGUCCUCUUAGUUCAUACCUUGGAAUUCAAUUAUAAUUUUUUCAGAAUCAAGAUUCAAUAAACGUUACCAUAUUCUACCGCCAGGAUUGAGACUGUAAUAUAGUAGUAAGUAUUUUCCCAUAGUUGCUCCCAGUGUCUGGACUAUUAUUUAAGAAUUUUGAUGUAGAUCACAUGUUCUUGCACAAAGACCUCAGUUUUCGCCAAAGUGUUGUGUGCUAUUUGUUAGAGGUUCUAACGUCCGUUGUUCAGAAGAAUUCAAUCAGCACAGCCACAGCUCACAGCGGAUUUCAGAUUCGUGUACAUGACUUAAUUGUCAGUGCAUUUUAUUGUUUUCAUUUUUGCUAAUUGA